UUGGAAACCUUCCAACGACAUUGUCUCAAAAUCAUAUAGAUUACUCGUGCUUUCUUGUCAAAUUUUUCAAAAAAUUAUUGUUGUUUAUUAUUGUUUUAAGAGACAUUGUGGAUAUUUAGCACAUUGUGGAUAUUUAUUAUCUGAAAUAACGGACAUCAUGCUUGAAUUUGACACUCGUGCUGUUCACGGAGGUGAAAAAAUAAAGGAAGUCAAACCAUCAAUUGAAUUACACACCCACUAUGAUGAGAUUUCGGCCAUUAGUAAUCCUUCCAAACAAAGGUUGGAAAAAUGCAUAGCGUCAUUGGAACAUGCAAAAUACGCGUUAUGCUUCUCGUCUGGGAUAGCUGCUGUUACUUCCAUAUCACAAUUGUUGGAAAUUGGUGACCAUGUAGUUUUAUUUGAUUCAGUGUAUCACGGUACAAGAACUAUGCUAAGCAUUCGAGAAUCACUUGGAGAAAUUGAUGUGACAUUUGCGGAUCUUCGGGAAGCAGAUGAUCUUAAGAAGUACUUACGAAAAAACACCAAGAUGGUAUGGAUUGAAACACCAUGCAAUCCAACAAUGAAACUAGUGGAUAUAGCUGCUGUUGCUCACAUAGUAAAAACUCAAUCUAAAGCAUUUCUGGUAGUGGACAAUACAUUUAUGUCCCCCUAUUGUCAGAAUCCACUCCUACUGGGAGCCGAUAUUGCUAUGCAUUCUUUAACAAAAUACAUGAAUGGUCAUGGAGAUGUAUUAAUGGGCGCUGCAGCUACAGGCAGUGAAGAAUAUUAUGCAAAACUCAAGGAAUCAGCAGAGCUUAUAGGAUCCUUGCCUUCUCCUUUGGAUUGUUAUCUGGUGUUGAGAGGGCUUAAAACAUUACAUUUGAGAAUGGAACGUCACAUGGAAAAUGCUUCUCAAAUUGCAUAUUUCUUGGAACAACAUCCAAAUGUAGAGAAAGUGUUCUAUCCAGGUCUGAAAAGUCAUCCCCAGCAUGAACUUGCUCUGAAGCAAUGUAAAGGAUUUGGCGGAAUGGUGUCGUUUUGUGUGAAAGGAGGCAUUGAAAAGGCGAGGAAAGUGGCAGUCAAUAUCAAGAUAUUUAUACUUGCUGUCAGUUUAGGGUCAUCAGAGAGUCUGAUGGAUGUGUCAUCGUUGAUGACUGCUGGCUGCGUCACAAAGGAAAAAAGAGCCGAAAUGGGUAUUCCAGAAAACUUAAUAAGAUUGUCUGUUGGCUUGGAAUCAGUCAAAGACUUGAUCAAUGACCUCGAUCGAGCUUUGAGAGCAUAAAUAAAACUAUUUUGUAUUAAUUCAUCGAUGUUUGCUUUAUUCUUAUUCACCAUACAUGAAAUAAAUUUAUUAAAUGAUA